AUGUUAGGGAUAGUACGCUCCAGCAUAGGCAAGUCUUCCGCUCUGCUGCUCAGCAGGAAUCUUGCCACGGCCACUGCGACGGCCACAGCCACCACGGCGACGGCCACGGCAGGUGCCAGCAGCAGCACGGCCAGCACGGAGGUGUUGCCGAACGCAGCCAAGCCGUCGGAGUUCAGCAUUGCCACGCUCAGAUCCUUCCCCUCGCUGGAACCACACUCCAUCUUCCCCGUGCACAACAGGCUGAUCAACGCGCCGCUCAGAAGAGACAUCCUCUGGUUGGCGGUCGUGAUGGAGCUCGACAACAGAAGAGUCGGGGCGUCCAACCCGCCCGGCAGAUCCGAACACAAGUUCUCCAGAAAGAAGUUGUUCAAGCAGAAAGGUACCGGUAGAGCCAGAGUGGGUGACGCCAACUCCCCGAUCAGAGACAGAGGUGCCUACGCGAUGGCCAGAACCGCCCCAAACGACAUGUCCUCCGACUUGCCCAGCAAAACCUACCACCUCGCAUACAGAGUCGCCCUCAGUGACGCAUACAGAAAAGGCAAGCUCUUUGUCAUCGGCCAGGACGAGGCCUUUGUCGGCAAAUACGAGGAAAAGCUCUCCACCAAGGACACGGUCAAGGCUGGCGACUCCUACGACUUGGAGAUCCCGACAACAGAGUCGGUCGCCAUCUCCAAGUUCGUGAAAUCGCACGAGCUCGACAAGCUCAACGUGCUUUUCAUUGCCGACGACUACUUCAAGGUCUCGAACUUGAGAGAGGCCGUCCUCAGAUACCCAAGCAACAAGCUCCGGGUGUUGCAGAAGGAGGAGGUUGAAGUGAGAGACCUCUUGAAGGCUCAUAAAAUCUACGUCGAGAAGGCCGCCUUCGAUUACUUUGCUGCCAAGUACACGAAAUUCGUGGACUUUGACGCCUGA